CAGAACGCACCUACAUAUGUGACAGCAAGAAAGUUUUUGGCGGAUGUUUGAAAUUGAAAGUUAACUAAAUAAAAUAAUUGCGAAGUUUCAAAAUGCCUCCUUUCAUUUUGGAGGCACAAGUUUUCAGGCCAUUGGACUAUCGUAGAAAAACUACACUGCAUUGCAAAAGAGUUUACUCCCCUAUUGUGAAAGUAUCAGAUUGGGAAAACGAUCAGAUUUCACAGCCUAUUGAUAAUAAUCCCUAUUGUCCAGAAGGCAUCAAUUUGCACUGCUCUCACUAUAAACAUUUUGGUACAAAUUACGAUGUUCAAUGGAGUACCACCACCGGAGAUAUGUUGAGAGAAGUGCUAACGAAACGACCAGAUUUGGAAAUGAAUCCGAACCCCCCUUUAGUAAAUAUUUAUACGUCAAUGAAGGAAACUUGUAAUGACGUACAGCCUAUAUGCCGUUCAACGGAGACAGAAAAAUUUUCAACAACAAUGCAACACAGCUAUCAGCCGCCAUAUCCUUAUAAAUUGAAAAGGUUAGCCAUGCCAAAAAUACCUCACCUUUUAAACAGACGUUUGAAGAGCAAUGGCUCAUGCAAGUUCAUGGACGACGAUUAUAACCUCCAAACCAGAAGGUUACAAACCAACAAAUCCUCCAGAUUCCUAUCCUAUAAUCCUUGUACUGGAAAUUAUACCAAUGAAGUGUUGGAUUACACUCAGGAGGGUAGUAAAUGUGUCGAUAUAAAAAAAUAUUUGUAAUAUGGUAAUACAGAUAAUCUAUUGGGUA